AUGAUCCCUGGAUGGCGGGGAGCAAGCAAGGUGAAGAAUAAACUCGAUCCUGCCAAUGGAAUUAGUUGCCCUCUCCCACCGCCCGCGCACACAAAUCCUGACCCACUGUGGGCACGCAAAAAUCACCUCGAAAUUUUGGCAGCUCCCGCUUCCCUUCAAAACUCUCCAUCGCCCAACGAACCUCCCAUUGACCCGGAUUUUGUCGCCAAUCCACGAGUCACCGUCAAGAUGGGUAUCGAUCUCCGCAAGCACCACGAGCGGUCCACGCACCGCAAGGCCCCCAAGAGCGACAAUGUCUACCUCAAGCUCUUGGUGAAGCUCUACCGCUUCUUGGCUCGCCGCACUGAUGCCCCCUUCAACAAGGUCGUCCUCCGCCGCCUGUUCAUGUCCCGCAUCAACCGCCCCCCCGUCUCCCUCUCGCGCAUUGCGGCCAACCUUAAGAACGGCAACGACAAGAAGACCAUCGUUGUUGUUGGUACCGUCACUGACGACAACCGUCUCUUGACCGUCCCCAAGACCACCAUUGCCGCUCUCCGCUUCACCGCCACCGCCCGUGCCCGCAUCACUGCUGCCGGCGGCCAGGCCAUUACCCUUGACCAGCUGGCUCUGGAGAAGCCCACCGGUGCCAACACCCUCCUCCUCCGUGGCCCCAAGAACUCCCGUGAGGCCUUCAAGCACUUCGGCUUCGGUCCCCACAAGCACAAGAAGCCCUACGUCGCUUCCAAGGGCCGCAAGUUCGAGCGUGCCCGUGGUCGCAGAAGAUCUCGUGGCUUCAAGGUCUAA